AUGAAACAUCUCAUCUUCUUCAUCUGGCUUUUGCUUAUGUCUGAAAUACAAAGUCUUGAAAUAAUUGCAGGCGACUUUUCUGAUGUGAGUCACAUUGGAAUUCCUGGAUCUGAUGAAAAUACAGAUGGUCCUCCUGCAAACAUAAACAGAUAUGAAAGACGCCAGAAGAGAAACGAUGACAACAUCGAGGAAGAGGUGGAGGAUCACAUGGAUGAACAGCUCACCAUACACAGCUAUAAAGUUAAAUCCAUUAUCACCUCACGCUUGGCUGAAACAGUCUUCAGCACUAAGGUAGUGAACAAGGAAUCGAGUGCACAGAAUGUGGCGUUCAAUGUACAGAUCCCACAGGGAGCCUACAUCUCAAAUUUCACAAUGACUGUGAAUGAUAUAACAUUUGUUGGAUCUGUGCAUGAAAAAAGUGUAGCCAGAAAUCUUUAUGCACAAGCACGAGCCCAAGGGAAAGCUGCUGGGAUUAUUAGGACAUCUGCCCAUGAGAUGGAAAGCUUUAAAGCUGAAGUGAAUGUCCCUGGAGGCAGCAAAGUCAGCUUCGAACUUUACUGCCAAGAAUUGUUACAACGACGACUGGGUCUAUACGAACAGACUAUUAUACUCCACCCGGGCAACUUAGUGAAACAACUCCAGGUUGAUGUCUAUAUAUUUGAGCCACAAGGGAUCAGCCACAUUGAAGCACCUAACAUGCUUGGAGCACAGUUUGAUGGGCUGAUCCAUAUAACGAAAGGAGAGAACAAGGCUCACGUUUCCUUCAAGCCAACUUUGGACCAGCAGCGGAAAUGCCCAAAUUGUUCAGACUCUGCCAUUGAUGGAAGCAUUGUUGUGAGAUAUGAUGUGAAACGGGAGCUCAAUGGUGGAAAUAUUCAGAUUUCCAAUGGUUAUUUUGCUCACUUCUUUGCUCCAAGUAAUCUCCCACCACUUCCCAAAAACAUCGUCUUUGUCAUUGAUGUCAGUGGCUCAAUGUGGGGAAUUAAAAUGAAGCAGACCGUUGAAGCCAUGGCAACGAUCCUGGCCGAUCUCCGUCCUGAGGACCAAUUCACCAUCAUUGACUUCAACCACAAUAUUCGUUUCUGGAACGAUCACCUGGUUUCAGCCACUCGUAUUCAGGUUGAGGAUGCCAAAAAGUACAUUGAGAACAUCCAGCCUAGUGGUGGAACGAACAUUAAUGAAGCAAUCCUUUCAGCCAUUUAUAUAUUAAUAGAAGCCAACAACUUGGGUCUUCUGGAUCCACGAUCUGUAUCGUUCAUCAUUAUGGUUUCGGAUGGAGACCCCACAGUAGGUGAAAUCAAACUGAGCAACAUACAGAGGAACAUCAGAAGACAAAUGAGGGAAGACUUCUCCCUUUUCUGCCUUGGAAUUGGUUUUGACGUGGACUACGACUUCCUGGAAAGGUUAGCCCUGGAGAACCGAGGACUCGCUCGGCGCAUUCAUGCAAAUGUCAAUGCGUCUAGUCAGCUGACGGAUUUCUAUGAAGAAGUGGCCACUCCAUUGCUAAGAAACAUUAACAUACGUUAUGGCGAAGAUGUGACAGAUGUGACACAAGAUAGCUUUGACAAGUAUUUCAGCGGUUCUGAACUAAUUAUAGCAGGAAGACUGAAGAAUACAAAACCUUCAAGAUUACAAUGCCUGGUGACAGCAUCUUCAGCAAACGAUGACCUACUGUUUCAAGUAGACUCUCCAACAGAUGAGCUUGACAAGAUUCUGGCUAAGCAGAAAUACGUUCUUCCAGGGUUUACAAAGCAGCUCUGGGCCUACCUUACUAUUAACCAAUUAUUAGCCGAAAGGGCGUUAGCUCAAUCAGCUUUACAGAAGAGGAAUAUCACAAGCAGAAUUUUAGGUCUUGCCCUGGUUCACCAAUUUGUGACACCCGUCACUGCCAUGUUGGUAGAAAAUGAAGAAACUGGCCAGAGGCUGUUGGCGGAUUCCCCGAAGAGCACCAGAAAUGGAUGCUGUACAGGAAUGCCUAUUAUUGGAAGGAAGCCACCUAUCAUUCCACCUUGGGCUGAAAAGAGUACUCCUCAACCUCCUCAACAACUAAUUCGGCCUGAAUUGGACUCAAAACUAGGAUUGAAAGUUCCUGUCACAUCAGUUGAAAAUGAUCCACACUUCAUCAUUUAUCUGCCCAAGAGUAAACAGAACAUUUGCUUCAACAUUAAUCCACAGCCUGGAAAGAUCCUGAACCUGGUAUCAGAUCCAAUCAAAGGUGUUACGAUCAAUGGUAAAAUUAUUGGUGGCAAGAAAACCAAGAAUAAGAAACUGAACACCUAUUUCGGCACAAUUGGACUCCAUUUCACCAACCUGAAUCUGAGCUUUGAGGUCAGCACAGAGAAUAUUCGCUUGAAAGAUGGGAAACAUAAAACUCUCCUUUGGUGGUCAGAGUCAAGCAUUCUGACUCAUGCUAGUGCUGUUGUCUCAGUGAACAAAAAUACGAAUGUGACCAUCACUGUUGGAGAAGAUAUGGUCUUCCUGAUCUUACUUCACCGUGUCUGGAAAAAUCAUCCGACCAAUGUGGAUUUCUUAGGAUUUUAUGCUCCUCCUACAAACAAUUUCUCAACAAACGUCCAUGGAUUGAUUGGUCAGUUCACCCAUGAACCUGAAGUGAAUGUGUACAAUAUCCACCACGGCUUGGAUCCUCAUAAACCACAAGCCACCAUGGAAGUGAAAGGACACAAAAUUACAGUAACCAGGGGUUUACAGAAAGACUACCGGACAGAUACGGUAAAUGGAACAAAUGUCCAAUGCUGGUUUAUCCACAACAGUGGGAAAGGCUUUAUCGAUGGACAUUUCAAAGAUUAUCUUGUUCCACACCUCUACAGCUUCUUGGAGCAUCCAUGAAUGCUUUAUGAAAAUGCAAAGAUUAGAAAGAUAAACUGGAGGGAAACAGUAUCUGCAGCAAAUAAAUAAUUGUAAAUUAAUUUUGAAAAUCAGUUAUAUUAAAAAAACUCAAGUCAUUAAAUAUAGUCACAAGAAUGUUGCCUUUAGUAAAGUGUUAAAUACAGUAGUUUUUCACUGAACUACUGUUCUAUAACCCAUUUACAUAUUUUUGGCUCUCUUGCUAAUGUAACCAUUUAAACACCCAAUUAUGAUGCGUGUUAGAUGGCAUCCAGUGAGACAUUAGAGGGACUGCAAUACUGAUAUUCCAGAUUUCCAUACACUGGUUGUUGCAUAGCAAUGUGAAAGUGAAAUCUUAUUUUUGCCAUGGAUUUUUAUAGAUUUAAUAUUAAAAUUUCCAGUUCACCAGAUUUUGAAAUCGUAAACAGAAAAAUAUAACAUUGCUAUUGGCUGCAAUA